GGAAUCCUGACCAGUGGGUGGGCCGCAGCCUGGAACCUGCCGCCCGGAGUAACCAGGCAAACAGAACUCUGCAGGACUCUGAGCCUGUUCUCCGGGUGGGCCACCGGGGCCCCACCUGCUGCCCUCCUGGCCUGCCCAGGCCGGGCGCCCUGCUUCCCCAUGCAGCACCCCAAACCCUUCUAUGCGCCUACGGCUCCCCAAGAAGACUUCAGCCCCCGGGGCCUGGAUGGCACCGAGGGGCCAGGCAGCCAGCCUGCUCCCACCUGCACGGAGCCUCUUCCUGCUGUGGGUUCCUCCAACCUGUAUCAGCCCCCAAACCCGGAGAAAGAGGUGUUUCCAGCCCCUCCGGCAGGUUUCCAGAUGGCACCCUGUGGGUGCUUCUUUGACCCCCGCAUCUACCGAAUCGAGUGGGCCACCACCGACUUCGGCCAGUCGUCCCUGUACAAGCUGACGGCAGUGGGCGGUGGGGGACCCCCCGGGGGCCCGGCUGGGGGCCCCACCUCGCCAGGCACCUACCUCUUAGAGCCCCAGCCCUCCCCCAGGGCCCCGGGGCCGCCCCCCCCCCCCCCGCCGUACCCACACUACCAGCCGCUGCCUGGGGGCCCCCAGUACCUCAUGCCCUACUUCCCACCCGAGGGGCCUGGGCCAGAGGCUCUGGGCUUUGUAGGGGAUGGGGGGCCCCCUGCCUAUAUGGAGCUGCCUCCGCCCUUGCUCAAGGAAGGCCUGGGGCCAGCCCCACCGCCGCCCGCACCGCCACCUGUCCCCAAGGAGAACAAGCUGCCUCCCGUGCUCAUCACGCUCCCCACUGAGGCCACGCUGCCCCCCGGCGCCUACGGCCACCUCAAGGGCCACCUCAGUCAGUUCCACGGGCCCAGCGAGCCCCUGGCCUUCCCCUCCAAGGAGCUGCAGGGUGGUGGGGCCGGGCCGGCCCUGCUGUACCCGCCGGGCCCCGGGGAGCCCAAGGCGGCCGAGGCAGAGGCAGCCCCACUGGGGGCAGGCGAGGCCAGGACCCCCGAGGCAGCCAAGGCCUUCGUGCUACCUGAGAAGGUGCUUCUGGAAGACGCAAUGAAGCUCUUCGACUGCUUGCCGGGCAGCCGCGCUGAGCCCGACGGGUCCCCGCGCACGGCCCCUGGGCCCGCCCUGCCGGACAGCAGGGGCGGCGGGGACGACUCGUCCAGCGACAUCCGCUCGCUGCACCUGCCGGACGAGCUGCUGUCCUUUGACUACAGUGUGCCCGAGAUUCUGGACACCGUGUCCAACGUGGACUACUUUUUCAACUUCAAGGCCCUGGAUGAGGAGCCGCCACCCGGCCCGGGGCCCCCAGCCGCCAACACCGUGGCCCCCGCGGUGCGGCCUGAGCUUCCCGGCAAGAGGAAGGCCGGCACCUCGUCCGCCAAGAGGGGCAGGCAGGGCGGCAAGGGCAAGCAGGCUGCGGGCCCGGCCAGCGCCGCCCCCUCGGGGCCCAGGCAGGACCUGGGAGCCACCCCCCAUUAA